UCCCUCGGGAUCUGUCUGUCAGUCAGACGAUGGGAGAGCGCGGUUUACAGAGGGACCAGUGCUGUGUAAACUCAGGACUCCCUCAUCACAAUCCCGGCCAUCUCCCGACAGAAAUAUCGGAGGCGUUCACCGAGUUCGACCGCGACCGAGACGGCUACAUCAGUUACAAGGAUCUGGGGGAGUGCAUGAGGACGAUGGGAUACAUGGCCACCGAGAUGGAACUACUCGAAAUGAACCAACAAAUUAAAAUGAAAUUUGGCGGGAGGGUCAACCUUGACGAUUUCGUGGACCUUAUGGCCCCGAGGCUGCUGAAGGAGACUGCGCAGAUGGUGGGAGUGAAGGAGUUGAAAUAUGCUUUUAAAGAGCUGGACCGGAACGGCGAUGGGACACUGUGCACCUCAGAGCUGGAGUACGCGGUAACCCAGAUCCUGGGAGAAAAGUUAACCAAGGAGGAAAUUCAGGAGGUUCUCCGGGACAUCGACCUGAACGGGGACGGGCGAGUUGAUUUUGAUGAGUUUGUGAUGAUGCUGUCUGUUCGUUAGUCCUUUGGUCAGCGGUCAGCGGGAAGCGGAGGGAGAGGAGCAUCGGAAACGCACACCCGACCCCCCCCCACCCCCGUAGGAACUGUACCUGGUCACACUGAAAAUAAAUUACUCACAAAAUCUCUGUGUCUGUGUGUGAGAGAGGGGGGGAGUGGGAGACAAGAGGAUAGAGGAGGGAAAACAGAGAGAGAGUGAGGGGAGGGCUGAGAGGGUCGGGGAAGAUGGGCGUGUGAGGCAGAGGGAAGGGUGUGAGGUUGUGAGCAGGAGGGAGGGUUGUGGUGGAGCGAGAGGGUAGUGAGGGACAGGGAGUGUUGCAAGGGAGAUGGAGGUGUGUGGAG